AUGGGGGAGCGAGACAGGACUUCGGAGGGCAAACGGCUGCCGCGCAUGGCCGCUUGUCUGAUGAUGCGAUUCCCCUCUGAGCGAGAAGCUAACAUGGCAGCUUCAGAACUUGAGCAUGUUGGCAGGAUGCCACGCACUCUGCUACAGAACAGCGGGAACAGUUCUCAGGGGGGAGUGGAAGAAGACUCCGAGGAGGAUGACAGUUACUCCCUCAAAGGCAUGGACACCGUGUCUGACGGGGAAUGUCCCAGCAGGGGACAACCAGAAACCCUGGAGGGAAGCCCGAAGAGAAGCGAAAAGACCGGAGUCGGGUAUACGAACUGGCACAAGCACCGGGUGGCCGCCAUCUGCAGUGAGCGUUUCGACCGCUUGCUGCAGGAGUGCCCAGAGUUCCACAGCUGCAAGAGCAGCCUGGCUGCCUUCCUGCUGGAGAGAGAUGUGGUUGACACAGGAGGACAGACUUGUGAGCAGUAUGAAGUGGUUGCCCUGGGAACGGGCAGUGCCAGCUGCAGCGGCUGGGUGUGUUUCAGCGGGCACGUGGUGCAUGACUGCCACGCCAUGGUGACUGCCCGACGGGCACUGCGCAGGUUCUUAUUCAAGCAGCUGCUCCUGUUCUUCAGUGAUGACCCUGCCUGCAAAGAGAGGUCUAUUUAUGAAAGCACCUCUGACAGCAACCUGCUUCAGCUCAAGCCCAAAAUCUACCUGCACCUCUACACCAACCAGACCCCUAAGGGGGCAGCACAAUGUGUUCUUAUGAAGUCGUCUGGCAGCAGCUACACCUCCCUGAAGCUGCAAUGCCAUGCCAAGGGCUCCCUCAUCCCUGCUGCCUUCCUGCAGCCCAGCACCUGGGCGGCCCGCAUAUGCUCCAUGUCAGACAGUGACAAGCUGAGCCGCUGGGCUGUGACUGGCCUGCAGGGGGCGCUGCUGAGCCAUUUCAUUCAGCCACUCUACAUCACCAGCGUGGUGCUGGGAGAUUCCAGCCAUUAUUUGGAGAAGGUGUCUGACACCAUCAAUAAGCGUCUGGGGGAGGGCUGGGAGGGCCAGCUGCCCCACCCAUUCGGCAUCCACAAGAUGUUCUUCUACGGUGGACAGAACGUGGGGCCACUGGUCUGCUCCGCCCACUGCAAGGACCUCAGCCUAAACUGGAGCCUGGGGGAUCCCAGCGUGGAGGUGGUGGACAGCACCAACGGCCAUGCUAUUGAGAGGUCUCCCUUUGUCAGUGGCCCUGGCUUCUCCAGCAGGCUCUGUAAGAGGGCUUUCUUCAGCAUCUUCUGCCAAAUCGCCAAGCUGAGGAAACGUCAAGACCUGCUGGGCCUGGCCACCUACCACGAGGCCAAGAUGUUGGCCCACUCCUACCAGGCUGCCAAAGCCUUGGCUAACGAGCAGUUCCUGGCCAACAAUGCCGGGCCCUGGAACUCUAAGCAACUGGUGGACAGAUUCAGUGCCUGA